GGUGAAGACGACAGGAAAGAGGUACGGCUGUCAUUCAACUUUUAACAAACACCGUCCCAUUCCUCUUAAACAGCGCAUGUUUUUGCACAAUUUUAACAGCCUGGGAGCAGCGAACGGAUUUUUUACGUAUCUUCUCACAACUGGCAACGAAACAAUAUCGGGGAGGACUCUGUUGAACCAAACACCAACGUGUCACCCCCCCUCCUCCUCCUGUCUCCUCUCUCCUCUCUCGUUCGUCCUCAGACUGUCUGAGCUGCUAAACGCUGAUUGACAUGGCAGCCAAUGGAGCAAGCUGCGAGCAGCCUCAGAAACGAGCAGGAGCUAAAGAUAAACAGAAUGGAAAGUCUACAGACGCAUCAAUAAGAGAGAAGCGACAGGCGGAUAAGGAGGAACGCUUGUCUCUGGUGUUAUGGAGGAGGCCUGUUAUCACACUACAUUACUUCCUUCUAGAGACCCUCAUCAAGUUAAAGGAACUGACGUUUAAGCUCUGGCAGCGACGAGGUGCAGUGUUCUUAGUUUUGGUGUUAUGUUCACUCUUCUCCAUUGCCUACUCCACUGAGGGGGACCACCAAGAAUAUGUCCGUCACCUGGAGAAGAGGUUCCUAUGGUGUGCCUACUGGGUAGGCCUUGGGAUCCUGUCCUCAGUGGGCCUUGGGACUGGCCUGCACACAUUUCUUCUCUAUCUGGGUCCUCACAUAGCAUCAGUAACCCUGGCAGCAUACGAGUGCGGUUCCACAGACUUCCCAGAACCUCCGUACCCAGACCAGAUUGUGUGUCCCGAAGUUGAAGGGCUGGAGGAAAGCAUUUCUAUCUUUUCAAUCAUGUCAAAGGUUCGCCUGGAGGCCUGCAUGUGGGGUGCAGGCACUGCCAUCGGAGAGCUACCUCCGUAUUUUAUGGCCCGAGCAGCUCGUCAGUCAGGCGCUGACCCAGAUGAUGAAGACUAUGAGGAGUUCGAGGAGAUGCUGGAGCAGGCUGAAGGUGCUCAGGAUUUUGUCACAAGAGCAAAACUGGGAGUCCAGCACAUGGUGCAGAAAGUGGGAUUCUUUGGGAUCUUGGCUUGUGCCUCAAUCCCAAAUCCUCUUUUUGACUUGGCUGGAAUAACCUGCGGGCAUUUCCUGGUUCCCUUCUGGACCUUCUUUGGAGCAACUCUGAUUGGGAAAGCCAUCAUUAAGAUGCACAUACAGAAACUUUUUGUUAUCAUUACCUUCAGCAAGCACAUAGUGGAACAAAUGGUGUUACUCAUUGGGUCCGUGCCCAGAGUAGGACCAUCACUCCAGAAGCCCUUCAGUCAUUACCUGGAAGCACAGAGGAACAAGCUGCACCAUGCUGGGAAAAGUGCACCAGCGGAUGAGAACUGGCUGUCAUGGGUGUUUGAGAAGGUGGUGCUGGUCAUGGUCUGCUACUUUGUCAUUUCCAUCGUCAACUCCAUGGCCCAGAGCUACGUCAAGCGGCUGCAGCAGCAGAAGCACUCGGAGGAGAAGACCAAGUGAUGAUGUGACAAAAACGGUGCAAACAUCCCAACUGACUGUGUUUCCGCUGCUGCUGAGAGCCCUCCAACUCUGCCCCAGCCGCUCAACUUAACAACAAACCUCACCCUCAUCCAUUGUCCACGAGGCUGAACGCUCAAAAAAAGAAAAGCAGGCACUAUCUAUUGGUGUGUGUGCUUUUUGAGGAUGUAUGUGCUGUUUACUGUUUGUCCCUCUUCAGGUUUUGUAGUUCUUCCUCUCAUCUCACUCUCUAGGUGUGCGUAGUGCGACUGCUGAUCUUACUUUAACGUUAAAAUAACCCAUUAAUUGACCUCAGAAGUAAAGCUGCGGUUUGGUGGUGACUGCUGUGUACGGGCAGGGCCCAUCAGAUGCUAUGCCUUAUGCAAGAUGGGAAGGCCUGACUUCCCUUGAAUACAGUUAAUGACUAAUAGACUUGAUUUUUAUUUAAUUUUGUAACAUUGAUGUAUGAAUGGACUUGGAUUUGUUUGUACAGUGUGCUGCCAAGAUAACUGCUAUGGAUGGUCUUUCUUUUCAGGGUUUACUUUUUCCUCAUUGUUUCGUCCUGUUAGAAUAAGUUAGUCUUUCUGUUUGUUUGUUUCUGGAAUUGUCAACUUAAAUAGAUGGAGAAAAAAGCAAUAUCAACUUAAAACAUGUGGUAUUGAUGGUUUGCACAUUGUGUAAAUAUCUUAAUAUCUUUUUGACAGUAUGCUCAGAUGUAUUUCUAUUCUAAUGGUCUGUGUGGACAUGAGUCAACUUGAACCAAAAUGAAAAAGAAAAAGUGAUAUCAUUUGUAAAGUGACAUUGUACUCUCAGCUAAAUAGUCCCCAUUUCUAUUCUGUACAUUUAGGUUGGACCUUGGAUCGGAUCAUAUAUAAAAACAUGUCAAUCGUG